UCAGAUCAAGGGCAGUAUGGCACUCGCCAUAGGCCUACUGGUUUUGGUGUUAAACUUAACACUCAAUGGAGUUUCUGCCCAAAUAACAGGGUGCGGAGAGAGGCCAUUGGUGGGUGCACCAGGCGGGUCACGCAUUGUUGGUGGCCGGAAUGCACCUGAUGGGGCGUGGCCUUGGCAAGUCAGCAUUCAGAAAAAUUCCCAGCAUUUCUGUGGCGGGAGCAUUCUCAGUGCUCAGUGGGUGAUCUCUGCAGCUCACUGUUUCGAUUAUGAACGAACUCAGUUGAACCUGCAGGUGAUGGCUGGUGAACGUUCCCUUUUGAGAAGAGGACAACAUGCUCAGCAUCGAGACAUCAAAAAAAUCAUCUAUCACAGGCAUUAUUCUGUAGUAGCUUAUGACCACGACGUGGUCCUUCUGCAGUUGAGCACACCGCUUCACUUUACAGACCGUGUUCAGCCCGUGUGUACAAUCCAAAAUGAGACAGAGGAAGGGACCCUGACAUUCAGUGCAUGCUUUAUCACUGGCUGGGGAAGCACCAGAUAUGAGGGCCCCGGUGUCGUCAGACUGCGUGAGGCAGAGGUGGACCUUAUCCCCAGAGAGACCUGCAAUCAGCUCCACUGGUAUAAUGGCCUCGUCAGCGAAAACAUGAUCUGUGCCGGCUUUGAGGAGGGGAAUGUUGACAGUUGCCAGGGUGACAGUGGGGGUCCUUUGCAAUGCUACAGUGAAGAACAGCAGCGGUUCUACCUUGUAGGAGUGACAAGCUUUGGGGAUGAAUGUGCGCUCGCCAUGAGACCUGGAGUGUAUGCUCGCGCCAGCAAAUACACUGACUGGAUGGAUAGGAAACAGCUGCGAUCAGCAUCUUCUACUCUUGCAUAUUCCAUUCUUCUCCACACGUCGUCAGUCUUAAGUGCUCUCUGGUUGUUAACGUAAGGAAUAAACACAUCCAGUUACUCUGA